AUGGCUACAGUGAGUGACGACAUCGAGACACGUGACUACGAGCGGAUCCCCAAGUGUAUUUCUCUGGAAGAAGUACAUACACACUCCCCCAAUCUCCACACUCAAUGCAACUCACUCUCUCGCCUCACAGACUCUUUCGAGCCCUUCAUAACGCCCACAAUCAGCGCCGUGUUUUCGCUCCUGACCAACACGGACGAGGACGAGACGCGUAUGCGUGUGCUGCAGUCGCUGGCUGUGGUGCUGCAACGGUGUCGCCAUCAACUCAGCACGGUUGCGCUCAAUGCUGAUGGCAGCCCUGGGUUGGGUUGGGAGAUCGCCAAGGUGUUGUUCCAGCUCUGGGAAGAAGCUACUGACCAUCAUCUGUACCAGGUGUGUCUGGUCGGCAACAUCUCAUCCUUGGUGGAGAGCAUGGGCAAGAGUGUGGGUGCCUCUGUUACCGAUGGAAACGCAAACGAGAUUUGUUUGCUGAAUCCGCUGUGCCAGAUCAUAGCCACGUGUUCGGAUGUCACUAAUCCCGCGCACGUGUACUUGUUGGAUGACUCCGUGUUGCUAUGGAAACGAGUGGUCCGCCAGCUGGAUGCACCACAAAUACCCAUUCUGAAUGUGUAUCCGCGCACUAUCAGUUUGAUUGAGAACGUGGGCUCGGAGGUUGUGCGGGAUGUAAUGGCGGUACUGCGCAGUUAUCUACUUGUUAUCCCGGAUCUCUUUUUCCCUGGAUCCAAACAAGUCCCUCUCGUUGCCAUGGCAACCACGUCUCCAGCUGUGGCCUCAGCCGCCGAGAGUAUCGGUCAGACGCAUGUGUAUAACUUAUGCGAGCGUCUCGUCCAAGCCCUCGCCGCCUGGAAGGAUUCGGGCUGCAAAUUAAUAGUCGAUUUCAUAGACUGCGCGUUGGUUAUCGGCGGUGUAGGAGUCGCACGUGGCCCCAUGCGGAGUGUGGUGGUUGCCAUGGCGACUCGGAUGUUGGCUGAGAACCAAUCAGACGGCACAGAUGUGCUCGUGUCAUUCUCGCUGAUAUUGGCGCGUAUAGCUGUGCAAUUGCCCACCGAAGACCUGUGUUCUAUCUUAGCUGAGGCCGUGGUAGCCACUAAAAACAUACAAAUACAAAAUGACACACAGAACGGACCAGUGAAUGUUGCGAGUGGUGUUGAGGGUGAUCGCAGUGCCGCUGCCAGAGCCACAAUGGACUCGUUUGCUAACACAUCAUCACACGCCACACACCCGGGUGCGAAAAGGAUACCUACACACAUAAAUACACAAGAGGAAGCGACGAGUUAUGGGCUCUGCGUGUUACUUAAGGGAUGGGUUAGGAGGUUAGACCAGACAUCUAGCUACCACUCCAGGAAAUUGAUUGGUCUGGCUGCACCGGUAGUACUAGAGCUGGUGGCCAGGCGAGAUGCUCAGGUGUUGGCAGAGGAGUUCCCUAUGGUUAUUGAUGCGCUCGUUAGUAUAUUCGGAUCUUUGGCGAACGAGAAUGGGAGUGACGAUUGUCUGGUGAUGAAUAAUGAUUUAGAUACGUGGGCGCCGGAACCCGGAGAAUUGGGCGAGACGUCGAGGGAGCGUUUGAUGCAACACAACGACGCUGUGUACCGAAUGUCGCUCAAGAAUACGAUACAGACACGCAUGACAGGGCUUGCGAAUACUGAUCAGAAUGGCUUCCAAAAUCUAUUAAGCACUGUCAGUCCGCCGGUGCAAAAGCAAUUUGCCGAACUAAUGCAAUGACCUCGGUAGUGUACUCAAGUGGAGCAGGUGGAAAUUCAUCUGCGAAUCUGGCUAAUCAAGAAAACAAUUAAAAUUAAUUAGUGUA